AUGAUGAUAGCACGGGUAAAAGCAGAUGCGAGAGAGGUGCGAAGCGAGCCACCCACAUUCGUUGCCGGGCACGAGGUAAGCGAUCCAUCAGAUAACGACGAUGCUGAGGAGGCUCCAAAUCGAGUGAAGAAAUUUGUUGCCAGUCGACGAAGUCACGAUGAAGAGCCCACACACAAACCCCGUUAUCCCCGAGAAGACACAUUUUCACGGACCAUCUCUGCUCAAUCGCUCCCGGUUAGUGACCGACUAGAUGAAUUAUCUGAAAUGAGUAUUUAUGACAGAACACUGCAUAUGUUAGCAGUCGACCCUAUCUAUCAAAAGGAGGUAGCCUUAGGAAAGCGUAUAGGAUUUUAUCGACUUGGAAAAGAGCUUGGAGCUGGAAAUUUCUCAAAAGUCAAAUUAGGAAUACAUGUUCUCACCAAAGAGAAAGUAGCAGUCAAAAUCAUGGAUCGUACAAAGAUGGACACAAAAGCGCAACGAUUAUUGGAGAGAGAAAUUAAAUCUAUGGAAAAGAUGCAUCAUCCGAAUAUAAUACGACUGUUUGAGUGCGUGGAAACUUUGACUCGAACCCAUUUGAUUCUGGAAUAUGCUGGUGGAGGCGAACUUUAUGCUUACGUCCAUGAACGAGGAAAAUUGUCGGAUGCAGAAGCUAAACCGCUAUUCGCUCAAGUUGUAGCCGCAGUUUCACAUAUGCACAAGAAAAACAUCGUUCACCGUGAUAUCAAAGCUGAGAAUAUAAUGUUUUCCGCUCCGGGAGUGGUAAAAUUGGUUGAUUUUGGUUUCUCGUGCAUGGUCCCGUCAGCGCAAGAGCAGCUCACCACAUUCUGUGGUAGCCCACCGUAUGCUGCACCUGAGCUAUUCAGAGAUCAAAGUUAUGUAGGAUCUAUGGUCGACAUCUGGGCCCUCGGUAUAUUGCUACACUUUAUGCUUAUCGGUAUCACUCCAUUCAAGGGAGAGUCCGUGCCCGAACUCAAAACGGCCAUUUUACAAGGCAGCUUUUCGCUGCCCAUGUAUCUAGAGCAUUCAUCACGAAUGCUUAUCGAAAGCAUGCUUCAAAUGGAACCGUACAAACGACCGAAAAUUGACGACAUUAAGAAGUCCAUUUGGCUCCGAGGGUGUAAAUUUCCUCCUACGUACCUGAAUCUGGCGAGCCAACAAGAAAAAAUAGAGGCGGAGAAAAAUGAAAUCUCAAAAAAGGUCUGGGAUAUCAUGCAUAGCUACGGAAUUACGGAGCAGAUGCUAGAUGACUCACAAGAUCGUGGACCAAAGAAUGCAAUGAUUGGCACAUAUCGUAUCGUACAGUACCAAGUGCAAACUGCAGCCAAACAAUCGCAAUCAGAAUCGUCGUUAGCAGUCCCUACAACACCAGCAGAGCGAAAACAUCAAAGACAACUCAAGACCAAAAGCAAAACCUGCACAAUUAUAUAA